CAGCACCACUCAUCUCAUGCAAUUCUAUUCCUUAGUCUUCUUUCUCUUUCUCACUCAAUUUCUUUCUUUCUCUCUCUAAGUUAUCAGCACAAAGAAUGGAAGGAGGAGCUGCUGCUGCCGUUGAAGUUCUAGUUCAAAACCUCAUCGACCUUUCCAAGAAAGAGAUCUCUCAAAUCCGAGGUCUCCACAAAGAUGCAGCAAAGCUAGCUGGGAGUCUCGACGUGAUCAAAAAUUUCUUGAAGGAUGCCGAGACGCGUGACAUCACCAGUGAUGCUGUCAAGAGCUGGCUGAAGAAGCUUGAAAACGAGGCGUUCGAUGCUGACAAUGUUUUGGAUGAACUCAACUAUCAUAUUCUCUCCAAAAAAAUUAAGGCCACCAAACCCAUGAAGGCGAAGGUACUAUCAUGCUUCUCAUCAUCCUUCAGUUCUAUUGCGCGUCCAAGAAAAAUGGCUGUUAAAAUCCAAGAAAUCAAUGAGAAUUUGGAGUCUAUUAAGAAAGAGGCCACCGAGCUUGGCCUCAUAGCGAAGCUUGAAAAUGAGCCCAUCUUGGUUAAUACUGCUAUUUUUGAAACUGAUUCAUUCACUGAUGAUCCUAUUUUCAUUGGAAGAGAUGAUGUUGCGUCGAAAAUAGUUGGGAUGCUCAUGAAUGGCAUCAAAACUGAUGAACGUGCAGUUUCCAUCCUUCCAAUUGUGGGGAUGGGGGGAUUGGGGAAGACGACAUUGACUAGGAAAGUGUUCAAUCGUCUGAAGAAUGAGACUCAGUUUGGAUCAUAUUUGUGGGUGCAUGUUUCCCCAAAUUUUGAUGCAAUAACUCUUUUCAAGAAAAUUCUCAAUAACUUGACAUCUUGUCAAGUUGAAAUUGCGAGCAGGGAAGAUAUUCUUGCAAAGCUUAAAGAAGCUUUGAAAGAUAAAACUUAUCUUCUUGUGCUUGAUGAUGUAUGGAACCAAGAUGGUUUGAAAUGGGAAGAUUUUAUGAAUUCUUUUUCGGGAGUUAGUUGUGUCAAGGGAAAUGCCAUCGUUGUUACUACCAGAAAUAUGGAGGUGGCUUCAAUUGUGAAUACACUUCAUAUACAUGAGUUGAAAGGCUUAUCGAAGGAAGAGUGUUGGUCAAUAAUAAGAGCAAAAGCCUUCGGAAAAAAAGAUGUUCCAUCAGAAUUUGAGGCCAUUGGGAGAAAGAUAGCAAGAAGGUGUCAAGGUUUGCCAUUAGCUGCCAACAUAGUUGGGGCAGUGCUACGCAAUAAAUCCGAGGAAAAAUGGCGUUCAGUCGAGGAGAAAUGGCUUUCAGCCGAUGAAGGAGGUGAUAAUAUCACAAAUAUAUUGAGACUGAGCUUUGAUAAUUUAUCUCUGCCAUCACUUAAGAAGUGCUUCGCAUACUGUGCGAUGUUUCCUAAAGGCUCCCAAAUCAGUAAACGGAAACUGAUUGAGUUUUGGAUGGCAGAAGGUUUUCUUCCAGCUGAUGAAAGGGAUGAGAUGGAGUCCGUGGGCGAAAAAUUUAUCAACGUUCUUCUGCACAACUCUUUACUGCAAGUGUCAAAGAGAGAUCGUCACGGAAAUGUAGAAGAGUGUGGCAUGCACGAUCUUGUGCACGAUCUCGCUUGUUCUGUUUCAAGCUCCUCUAACAGUACAGGUGGUAGCAGCCGAGUUCGAUACAUGACUCUCGGAGACAACUAUUGUGGCGACGAAUCAAAUCGUAUCCCAAAAGAAAUGGCAAAGUCUUUGCGUACAUUACUAAUAACAUCCAAAGGUGAUAUUUCUGAUGUCAACUUCUCAGACUUGGAAAGUUUGCAUGUUUUAAAGCUUCACUCUGAAGUUAAAAAGCUGCCAAGUUCGAUUCGGAAGUUGAUACAUUUGAGAGAUUUUGACAUUUCAAAGACAAGUAUUGAAGUUUUGCCGGAUUGGAUUGGUGAAUUCUUUCACUUGCAGACGUUGAGAGUAGAGUCAGGAUGGUUGAGAAAACUGCCAUGUACGAUUAAGUACUUGAUUAACUUGAGGCAUCUUUAUAUUGACUGGAGGGUAGAGUUGCCUAUGGGAAUUGGGAGAUUAACUUCUCUCCAAACGCUAACGCACUUUCCAGUGGGCGAUGAGAAUGGCUGCAAAAUUGAAGAGCUCGGAAGUUUGAAUAAUCUUAAAGGAGAGGUAAGGAUUUGGAAACUCGAAAGGGUUCAUGACAAGGAAGAGGCUGGGAAAGCCAAUUUAUUCAAAAAGUCAAAAAUAUUGAAGUUGUGUUUGAUGUGGGGUGAAGACAGAGAAGGUGAAAGAAAUGAUGAGGAUGUAUUGGAAGGCCUUCAACCUCACUCACAUCUGAGGGAGUUAGUGAUUGAUGAAUUCAAUGGAAAAAGAUUUCCAUUAUGGACUCGGAAGAUGGCAGUUCGACAUAUGCCCGGAGGCUCUUGGGUGGUACUUAACAAUUUAUUGUCGUUAUCACUCAUUCGCUGCAGAGAAUUUGAAGAGAUCCCAAUGUUGGGGCACUUGCCAAAUCUCAAGUCCCUUCAGUUGCAUGAAUUGAGUAAUUUGAAGUAUAUAAAUUCUUCAUUCUACGGAAUGGUGAACAAGGACACACGCAUUGUUUUUCCAGCUCUCGAGAAGUUCACAUUGGAAGACAUGCCUAUGCUGGCAGAGUGGGCAGAAAUAGAAAUUUCGGAUGGAAGUGAAGUGAAGCUAUUUCCUCGCCUCAAACAUUUGGAAAUCAAUGAGUGCGAGCAAUUGAUGAGUGUUCCAAGUUUGGGGCAGUUGCCCAAUCUCAAGUCCCUUGUGUUGAUUGGAUUGAGCAAUUUGAAGUGUAUAAAUUCAUCAUUCUACGGAAUGGUGAACAAGGACACCCGCAUUGUUUUUCCAGCUCUCGAGAGGUUGGAAUUGAAAGACAUGCCUAAGCUGGCAGAGUGGGCAGAAAUAGAAAUUUGGGAUGGAAGUGAAGUGGAGGUAUUUCCUCGCCUCCAACAUUUGCAAAUUAUUGGUUGCGAGCAAUUGAUGAAUGUUCCAAGUUUGGGGCAGUUGCCCAAUCUCAAGUCCCUUCGGUUGGAAGCAUUGAGCAAUUUGAAGAGUAUAAAUUCUUUAUUCUACGGAAUGGUGAACAAGGACUCACGCAUUGUUUUUCCAGCUCUCGAAAAGCCUGAAUUGCGAUCCAUGCCUAUGUUGGCAGAGUGGGCAGAAAUAGAAAUUUGGGAUGGAAGUGAAGUGGAGGUAUUUCCUCGCCUCCAACAUUUGGAAAUUAAGAAUUGCGAGCGAUUGAUGAAUGUUCCAAGUUUGGGGCAGUUGCCCAAUCUCAAGUCCCUUGAGUUGAGAUGGUUGAUCAAUGUGAAGUGUAUAAAUUCAUCAUUCUACGGAAUGGUGAACAAGGACACACGCAUUGUUUUUCCAGCUCUCGAAGAGCUCAGAUUAGAAUACAUGCCUAAGCUGGCAGAGUGGGCAGAAAUAGAAAUUUCGGAUGGAAGUGAAGUGAAGCUAUUUCCUCGCCUCCAACAUUUGACAAUUUACAAGUGUGAGCAAUUGAUGAGUGUUCCAAGUCAUGUCUCGUCAUGCCUUGAAUUUCUGUGGAUUUAUAAGAUCGGUGUGGAAUGUCUGCCAGCUGAUUGGUUAUUGAGUAACAGCGAGACUCUCUCUUCUUUGGAAAUAGAUAACUGCCCGAAUUUGAGAGAAAUAUCAGAUAGGUGGGGAGAAGAAGAAUCAGAAGGAAGAAGCUUCACAAUCACAUACCUCCCUAAAUUCCCUCGUCUAACAUUUUUGGGAAUUCAUGAUUGCCCGCAAUUGAAGAGUGUUCCAAGUCAUGUCUCGUCAUGCCUUCAACAUUUGUCAAUUAAUGGGAUCGGUGUGGAAUGUCUGCCAGCUGAUUGGUUAUUGAGUAACAGCGAGACUCUCUCUCAUUUGUCGAUAGGUUGGUGCCCGAAUUUGAGAGAAAUAUCAGAUAGGUGGGGAGAAGAAGAAUCAGAAGGAAGAAGCUUCACAAUCACAUCCCUCCCUAAAUUCCCUCGUCUCACAUAUUUGUUUAUUCGAGGCGUUCCUAACUUAAGUUUGGAGACUGUGGAUGCAAUGCGGCGCCUCCAAAUUGAUGGAAUCAAAUACAUUGAGCCGUGACGUUUGAUUCUGAGGAAAGUGAAGAGAUCUAGUGAAGAAGGAAUAAGUGUGUCUCCCAUUUUCUCCAUGAUGACUUAAGUUGCUCAACCUCUUUUCAUAAUUUUUUUGUAAUUCCAUAUCUAUUCUUUCUUUAAACUUUAGUUGAUAGGAUUAUUAUGUCGAUGGUUGAAGACGAUGCAUGUUUGGAUACCAAUUUGUUUCACAAUUCAUAUGAUUCUCGAAGACUCAAACUUUAUUGAAACGAUGAAAUCGAAAGAGUCUUUUUCUGGGAAAGAGCUAAUAUGAAGUUUAGUUUAAUCCCUUGGAUCUUUGGCUAAAGUGAAUCCUGUAUAGUUGAUUUGUUGUCUACAUUUCAGGUGGAUUUGGAGGGGCAUUUUUUGUAACUGUCAAGCUCUUAUUGAGCCAUUUUGAGCUUUGUUAUAGAUUUUCUAAUAGAAUCAAAUAAAUUUCAAAAUGACAUGAGGAUAUAUGAGAUCCAUUAAUAUAAUUUGUGUAGGACUAAAUGUCUAUCUCUCAAGCAUGUGUCUAUUGUUCUGUUUAUGGUUUGUUUUUAUGAUGUUUUCUUCAAAAGCUAUUAAUUUGAUAUCAUUAUAUCCAACACUCCAGAGUCCAGCCUUAUUGCAGGUUGUUUAUUGUUAGUUACGUCCCAUCAAACUUGAACUAUCUGUUAUUGUUUUAACCUCUGGCAGGAAUAGGAGAGCCUUUGAAGAGCUUGGAUGCGAGGCAGCCUCAACUAGAGGCGCCAAUGAGCUUGCUCGUGGGGACGAACAACAAGCUUGGAUUGUCGCAAAUGGCUCCAAUGUUUUGUCUAAAAAAUUCAGACAACAAUGUUGAAGAUGUGAAGAUAGUGAAACAAGAGGAUUCAGCAGCUGUGGAAGUUGAACUCAAUACCAAAAACAAGGGAAAAGGAAUGUAUGAGAAGAAAAACUCAAAUUUCAGAAUGUCAAUACUAAGUUCGACUCGAUUUGAUCACACCGUUGUUUAAUUAAAUUUCGAACAUGAUUCUUUAAUGAAUGAAUUAAAUUUGAGCAUGUCAA